AUGGACUGUCUAAGCUCCGUCGCUGUCGUCGGACAACUCCUUGGUCAGGCUAUAGAUAUAUGGCAACAGAUCGAUUUGGUCCGGCAAACAAUCAAAGCAGCUCCUAAACUACUCAACGAUCUGACAGUGCAGUCUGCCAACCUGCUUAACAUUCUGCGCGACAUUAAGGGCUCGGCAGAGUUACAUACCGCCGCCAUCCACACCCAGGUCGAAUAUAUAUACACCAUAUCACUAGAGCUCCAGCAGAUCCUCAAGCGCUUGGCCCUCUUAAAUCGUCAAAGCAUUAUUCGACAGAGCCUUCAUGUGUUGAGCCACCGAACUCGAGACGAGUCAAGGUUAAACGACGUGCUUUCAAGAAUCGAAAAAGCCAAGACUGAGCUCUUGAUCACGAUGAGCCUCGUCCAUGUUGAGAAGACCGGACGACUGUCGGAAGGGCUCCAAAGGAUCGAGUCGAACACCCGUAGGGACAGCUUUGGAUUCUCACCCACUAUCAAGGUUGAUCGCAAUCAUACCGAUGGGACAGCGGGACAGAACAGUGCAGUCGCCGGGGUCGAAGACUGCAAGGUGCCAUUUAAUGCAUCGAUAACAGACAAUACUGCACUGGGCCAAAGCAGACAGAACAAUCUGAUCCUGUGUGGGCCAGGGUCCAUGGCCCUGCUGCAAGCUGUUCUGCUCGAGGCGUAG